CCGCGCGCUGUGAGUUAAAUCCGUCUGCCAGCGGCCUUGACGGCUCGACGCCUCGGAAGGCAGCUGCCCAGGCGGCCUCCGGACCGUCAACAGGCUGCCCCGGCGGCGUCCGCGACGAUGGCGGAGCGCCAACCGCUCACGUCCGAGCAGCGCAAGGAGAUCGCAAAACGACGGCGGGAAAAAGCCGCGGCCGCAGCGCUGGAACCAGAGCUCGCCGCCAUCGCCGAGGACUCAGUACCCGAGACAAAGAUCGGCGGCACGAAGCCGCCGAAGCGGAAGACGGGACCCUCGAUCGCGGAUCUGAACCCCAUGGAGGAAAUCCUCAUAAAUCGGGAGGAGGCGAACAAGCAGCUGCAGGAGGUCGAGUUGAUGCGGCGGCGCAUGGUCGCGCGCGCGGAGGACAUCGAGCGACGGGCAAUGGACCGCAAGCUGUCGGCGGCGCGCUACGCCGCGGCGAAGCAGGAGCUCGAGGCGGCCGCGGCCUCGUCGCACCCGACGGCGCGGUCGUCACACCCGACGUCUCGCACGGACCCGAUGGCGUCAUCUCGAGCGGUAUCCGAGUACUCGUACCCCGCCUCCCAAUAUUCAUCAGAGAGCGACAUGGCGCGCGUGAACCGGCCGGCCGGACGUGUGUCAUCGCCGGACGCCGUGCCCGCUUUGAAUCUCUUUCCGCACGGCUCGCGGUUCACGAAGCCGUCCGAGGACCAGCGCGAUAGAGCAAGGGCCACGGCGGCCGUCGAACGAGCGAAGCGGAAGCCCUCCGAGGAGGUCAAGGCGAAAGCUCGACAGGCUGCUGAAGCAAGGAGGAUGAGGGACCUCGAGCAGGCGUCUCUAUCCAGACCGUCGCUCGAGCAAGGAUCAUUAUCGAGACCUUCAUUAGAACAAGGAUCAUUGUCACGGCCGUCCGUCGCGUCGGGCUCGCUGGCACAGCCGAGCAUAGCGUCGGACAUGGCCGUGAAACACAACCUCCAAGAGGCGUCCGUCUCGGAACGACGAGCGGAAGAAUUGGCAAGGAGGGCCAAGCUCGUGAGGGAAGUGGAACGGGCCCAGGCCGACGUCGCGGCGACGGCCGAACGCGUCUCGACGCGCGCGCGGAAUGAAGUUGAUGACGAGUUCGGCGCGACGCCGCUGCACCCCGAGGUAGAAGCUUGUAGAAAGAUGUGGGCGAGGCCGAACGAUAUGAAUGCCGAUAGUACUUCUAGUGAAGAUGAGAAUAAGCCCGUGCCGACGCGCGUGCCGCCCUCGGUACUACGAAGGAAGAUGAAGCAGAGGAAGGCAAAACGCGUCCAGCGCGAGGCGAAAAAGGCCGAAGCAAGUGCUCCGCAGGAUGACACACGGGCACUCCGGGAGUACGUCCAGACGGCGACGGAACGCGUGUCCGGUGGUGAUGCUUCCAAAGCCUUGAAUACCGCGACGGCGGAGGUAGCGCGCGCUAGGCGCGAGGCUGAACAAUUGGCGCAGCAGGCUCGACAGCUUAGACAGGAGUCUUCAUCAGAUGAGUCGUCGGAGUCGGAGUAUUCCGACGGCCCCGGCAUGGACGCGGCCCUACGCAAGCGCCAGGAAGACGACUUGAAAAAGGCGAGGCGCGAAGCGGCGUACGCGGACCUCGAAACCAAAAGAGCUUUGGCGAAAGCUCGCGUCCAGGAGGAGAUGGAGCGCGUGAAAUUUAUUCGCCGAUCGAUAGCCGAGAAGAAUCUACAAGAUACGAAGGCGCAGGAAGCCGAAGCUGCGAAAAAAGAUGCGAAGCAACAGAAGAAGGCCGUCGAAACCAUAAAAAUGAUCGCGAAGAAAAGGGCGGCUUCUCCUGUGAAGCCGCGUGCACCGGUGAAGCAGGUUCCUACUGAUGCUGAGUUACUGUCUGGUGAAGUUGCUGCGUUCUUCAUAAGGGAGCCGCCUCGCGAGCAGUUACGUUUUUUGAAAUUCGCUCUCGAACCGGAGCAGAAGAAGGAUUUGCCCGCCGUGGCCGUGGCGUUUCGACACGCGAACAAGCCGGAACAAGUGAUGCACGACCGGACUUUUGACAAUGCUGUGUUGGUCGAGCACAUCUGUCUGGACUUGGAGCACCAGCACGUCGCGUAUUUGCGGCCUUAUUGUCUCCUGUUGGGCGUGUUGAUUGGUAGGAAGCCGAAUUUACGUAAAGCAUUGCUGAUGGGCGUCGUCAAGACGCUGAAUGCGCGGAUGAAGGGUCGCGAGAAGGAGACGUUCGCCAAGACGCCCACGCUCAUAGCGCAGUCCAUGGACGCGUGCCGCGAACUCAUGAUGCGGUUAGUGUGGGGCAAGUCGCAGGGGCAACUCCGGGACUCGUGGAACCCCGAGCGGCUAUCAGCGAAGGCGGAGGUGGCCCGGGCGCAGAAAAAAGACGUGACGGCGCCGGCGCCGGCGCCCGCACCGGCGGCCUCGCCGGAUGCGGCUUCGGUAAAAGAGAGCGCGUCGUACUGGAACAAGCGCAAGGCCGCCGAGGGCAUCGAAGUGGAUAGAGGGCCGCUGUGCCGGAUCAAGGCGCGCCGCGCCCACGUCCCCACGGAGGCCAUGGAGAUGCGGAUGCGGAAGGGCGAUACGUUAAUAGUGAAGCGCGACGAAUUGGACGGCGAGCCGGGCUGGAUCUUCGCGACGAAGGGUGGCGACGCCGGCUACGUCCCGCGGGCGUGCUUGGUGGGGGAUAACUCGCCGGACCGCAGCGUGUCCUUCGCUGCCGGCGCCGCGGCGUAA